CCUUGCCACAGCUGGCUGAAACACCACUCGUGACAGUUUUCCUCCGCCUCAGCUGGCCGACGCUCUCUGCGUCACUGUAGGCACCGGUAUUUGGCUGCCGCUCCGAGUCCUCAGUGCACACACAGGAGUCUGUCUACUUGCUUCAUACUUCCAAUGGCGGAAAACAACGGUCGUGUUCACUUCGUCAAGCCAUCACUCCAUCUUGGGCCUCAGGUCUCCGACUAUGUGGCCAACCACAGUGGUCGGCUGAACCCGGUUCUCGCAAAACUUAUCCAAGUGACACAGAAGAUGCCUCGUAGUGAGAUGAUGAGCGACUCGUCUGAGUUGCAACUCUUCCAGAUCCUACUCAAGGCUAUGGGAGCCAGAUAUUAUUUGGAAAUAGAUGAUCUGAUCGCUCAAGGCAAAUCCAACUUUUUCGACUUCAUAUUCAUCGACGCUGACAAGGCUUCGUACGACGAGUACUACGAGAAGAGCCUGCAGCUCGUCAGGCGCCACGGCAUCAUCGCUGUCGACAAUGUUCUGUGGAAAGGGAAAGUGUUCAACCCGGCAUUCGACGAUCCGGUCACGGAGUCCGUGCGACGGCUGAACCGCAAGCUGGCGUCCGAUGACCGCGUCGAGAUCAGCAUGCUGACCCUGAGCGACGGCGUCACUUUCGCCUUCAAGAAGUGAACGGGCGACAUCGCUGCCGGAUUCGUCCAUUACUUGCUCGGCCUUCGGCAACUCUCACACUCGAUCUUUGUUUAGGCACGAAAAAGUAAACUCUAUACAAGUAUUUUUGAUAACUUCACGAAUGGUUCUCGUAACGGCGUCAUCUUUUCCUGCGAUGCGAUAGUGUGUUAUCAAUAAACGAUGUGCACUGUUUG